AACACAUGUAAACAGAACGUAAACAUGUUUUUGUGUUGAAUGUAAGAUUUAAUAGUGAUCGGAGCAAUUUCAGGAAACGACAAUGGAUUGUUGAAAAGAUCUGAAGGCUGAAAACUGAGGACUAUUUUAAAGUGGCAGUAUGAGUUCAAAGGGGGGUGGUACAGCCCUGACCCGACGAAAUUAUCGCCUGGCAUCAGACGCAGACAAACCCAAAUCUGCAGGUAUUGUGAAUGAGAAGUUGUUGAGCGACUACCUGCACCGUGUCUUUCCUGCCUCCACUAAACAGGCUCCAGCAUCAGCAACCUACAGAAAACCCUUGACGUUCCAGGACCUCGGCGCUCACCUGGAGAAACUGCUGUGUGAGGACGAGCCUGCUGAGGACAGUCCAGAUCACACAGAAGGACGACUCGGACCUUCUACCGUUGUCCUUGACCACACCAGUGGUUUCGAAGGCCUUUUAUUUGUAGAUGAUGAUCUAUUAGGAGUCAUUGGCCAUAGCAAUUUCAGUUCCAUAAGGGCUACAACCUGUGUAUUCAAAGGGAAAUGGAUGUACGAGGUCCUGAUCUCAUCACAAGGUUUGAUGCAGAUUGGAUGGUGCACACUGAACUGCAGAUUCAACCAGGAGGAGGGAGUUGGAGAUACUCCGGACUCGUAUGCGUACGAUGGUAAUCGAGUCAGAAAAUGGAACGUGACAACCACCAAUUACGGCAAAUCAUGGGCUGCAGGGGACAUCGUUAGCUGCAUGAUAGACCUCGAUGAAGGAACAAUUACUUUUUGUCUGAAUGGACAGUCCCUAGGUAUAGCUUUCAGUAACAUCAAGAUGGGUCCAGGGAUCGCCUACUUCCCCGCAAUAAGUCUUUCUUUUAAAGAGUCUGUGGCCUUUAACUUCGGCAGCCGCCCAUUCAGAUAUCCUGUGGAAGGCUACCAUCCGCUUCAGGACCCUCCAACUGCAGAUCUCAUCAAAGCCAAGAGGCUGCUGGUGUACAUUAAGAACGUGAUGUCUACUGGUAUUGACACACAGGAUGAGAAGAUCAUCGACAGGGAUGUUGCAACCUGGCAGCUUCAAGGAGAGCCCACCGUCCUGGUCGCACUGGCACAUAUCUUCAAUUAUUUCGCUCCUCUUAUGUGUAAAGUGUACCUGGUAGAAGAUGUCCUGAUGAGUUUCCUGCUUGGUAUCCUGGAGGGCGGAGGCUCCGUUGAUGAACAUCCUUUAAUCCAGCAGCUGCUCGAUCUCUUCUGGCUCCUCAUGGAGGACUUUGAGGUGAACGAGUGCCUGAAGCAGCUGAUGAUGUCAUUGCUCAGGGCGUACCGAUUCUCACCCAUCAUCCCUGACCUGUGCUUCCAGAUUCACUAUCUGCGCUUGACAUCUGCUAUUUUACGCCAUGAAAAGUCUAGAAAGUACCUCCUGAACAACGUUUUAUUUGACGUACUGCGCUCUGUGGUGUUCUUCUACAUCAAGACUCCUCUGAGGGUAAAGGAGGCCGGCUUGGAGGAGCUCAUUCCCACCACAUGGUGGCCAACACACUUCGACAAAGAGGGUAAGGACGAGACGGACCCGAGACAUGAGAGCGCAGAGGAGCGACUCAGGCGGCGAGCGUACGAGCGAGGCUGUCAGAGGCUCAAAAAGAGGAUUGAGGUGGUAGAGGUGCUACAGGUUCAGAUCCUGAGGCUGAUGCUGAAUAACAAGGACAAAGGGACGGGCGAAGCCUCGAGAUACAUUUUCCUCAACAAAUUCCGCAAGUUCCUGCAGGAGAACGCAAGCAACCGAGGGAAUCCGACAGUGUUGUGCCCUCCGGAGUAUAUGGUGUGCUUCAUGCAUCGGCUCAUAACGGCAGUCAGGAGCUACUGGGAUGAAGGAAAGCGCAAGAGGCCAGGAGCCAUUAGUAGCGAAGACGCCUACGUCCCCCCGCAGCUCUUCUACAAUGGGAAGGUGGACUACUUCGACCUUCAGAGGCUCGGAGGGCUGCUCUCUCAUCUCAAGAAAACGCUAAAAGAUGACCUGGCGGCUAAAGCCAACAUCAUUAUCGACCCCUCUGAGAUCCAGGCCGUGUCUAUGGACGAUCUAGACGAGGAUGAUGAAAGCGGAGCUGCUCAGAGGCCAUCUGGCGCAGCAGCGAUGGGCGGAGCUUUGGCCAGGCCGAGCUGGCUGAGUUCUCCUACUCUGGGCCGAGCCAAUCGUUUCCUCAGUACGGCCGCAGUCAGCCUCAUGACCCCACGGCGGACUUUGGCCCCACCCGAAAAGGUCAAAGUGCGCACUCUGCCUGUGGAACAGAGGACAGAGGAGGACAUCGAGGGAAGCCAUGGUAACGAUGGGCUGUUGCUGGGGCGACCGUUGGAAGAGCCUGAGCAGCCAAUCACAGAAAAGUCCCUGCUGGAGAUCCUGGAUGGGAUUGUGAUGAUGUACAACCUAAGUGUUCAUCAGCAGCUGGGCAAGAUGGUGGUUGUGUCGGAUGAUGUCCACGAGUACGCCGUUGCGCUGAAAGACACGGAAGAGAAGAUCGCACGAUGUCCAGCUAGAAGAGCAGACAUUCUGGAAGAGCUACAAAAGAGCCAGAAGGUGUUUGCUGAGAAGCUCAACCACCUGAGCCGCAGGUUGGCCUGGAUCAACGCAACCAUUUACUCCAAGGAGAAGAUGCUGGAUGUCUACUGGCUUUUGCGUGUGUGCAUCCGCACCAUCGAGCAUGCCGACAACACGGGCUCUUUGUUUGCCUUCACCCCUGAGUUUUACCUCAACGUGGCCAUGAAUAGUUACAGUGCCCUUAAGAACUACUUCAGCCCUUUCAACAGCAUGGAGGAGCUCCCAGGGUAUGAGGACACACUCACUCAGCUUGCCGCCAUCCUUGCGAAGCACUUUGCAGACCUGCGCAUCGUGGGCACAGAUAUUAAAGAUUCACUGAUGCAGGCUCUGGCCAGCUACGUGUGCUACCCACAUUCACUCAGAGCUGUGGAGAGAAUCCCUGAGGAGCAGCGCGUGGCUAUGAUGAGGAACCUCUUGGCGCCGUAUGAACAGCGUCCGUGGGCUCAGACUAACUGGAUCCUUGUCCGAUUGUGGAGGGGUUGUGGGUUUGGUUACAGGUACACACGGCUGCCUCACCUGCUCAAAACCAAACCUGAGGAUGCCAACCUACCCAGCCUGCAAAAGCCUUGUCCAUCACUCCUGCUCCAAAGACAUAUGGCAGAACUCCUGAAUCAGGAUAAAGAAAUGGCUGCUAGCUUCCUCAACAGUGUCCUCAAUCAACUCAACUGGGCCUUCUCAGAGUUCAUUGGCAUGAUCCAAGAGAUCCAGCAGGCAGCAGAGCGCCCAGAACGUAACUUUGUGGACACAAGGCAGCUGAAAGUGUGUGCCACGUGCUUUGACCUGUCUGUCAGUCUGCUACGUGUGCUGGAAAUGACCGUCACCCUGGUACCCGAGAUCUUCUUGGAUUGGAGCCGACCCUCAGCCGAGCUUCUACUCCGUCGCUUAGCUCAGCUCCUGAACCAGGUGCUGAAUAGAGUGACGGCUGAAAGAAACCUCUUCGACCGUGUAGUCAACCUUCGCCUGCCAGGGCUGGAGAGCGUGGAUCAUUACCCCAUACUGGUUGCAGUUACAGGAAUCCUGGUGCGAGUCCUGGUCGACUCUGAGAGAAAGGGGAUCGCUCAGGCAGCUUCGGUGCUGCUGUCAGACCCGUGUUUCCAGCUUCACUCCAUCCAGCACCUGCUGGGACGUGGAGAGGCCAGUGCUGGAGCAGAUCCCAAAAACUUCUCACUACACUCUUAUACAGACUACAUCACUGCAGAAGAAGCGCAAAAGGUGGAAAAGAUGCUGGCUUUCCUGACCGAGGAGUCUAAGCAGGCUGCAGCCUCAACAGCGCCCACCAGUGAAGACGACCUGUGUCCCAUCUGCUAUGCACACUCCAUAUCAGCCAUCUUCAAGCCCUGCUCUCAUAAAUCCUGCAAAGCCUGCAUCAAUCAACAUUUGAUGAAUAAUAAGGACUGUUUCUUCUGCAAGGCCACAAUCACUGGAGUGGAAGAUUACAGCAAACCUGCUGGCUCUUAGCAUGCCUAUUGCACCCACCUAAACAAACACAUACACACAUACACACACACACACACACACACACACACUUACACACACUUAUUGAAACACUCACUGAAAAUCUGCAUCCCUUACUGUACCUCUUCAAAGACUCUUCAUCAACACACAUAAGAAUGUACAUGGCAGAGAACUUUACAGAACAGUAAUGCACUCAGCACAUCAUUUAUUAACACUGGACUGUGACUUUAAGACACAGAACACACACCAUGACACUGUUUCAGCUCGUGCCAGCUGGUAGAGGUCUGGCUCUAAGUCAUAAAACAUGGCCGGCUGACAGAGGGACGAACUGUGAGAGACAUUUUGUAAUCUCUUUCAUCCAUCUUCCCUCUGGUCACCACUGGCAACCACAUUAUAUCUGUAUCCAUAGGCCAUAGAUAUUGAUCAGGACCAAUGCAGGUGCUCACCAGUGUCCCUCUAAAGAUCCCUCUCUGAUCUUGAUGACAUUUUUAUAUUCGAAAACUGACAGCCAUAUUUGAAGUGGCAUUCAUUUCCGAGACAUAUCUAGAGAGAGGUGACUUCACGAUCGGUCAAUUGAUCACUUGAUUAACAGUUCAUAACAGCUUUAUUAACAUUUUAUAUAGCAUUAAAGGAAUACUCAGAUGAUUUUUUUAUCCAUUAUUCAAUUUCUGUUCACUGUAUCUGUAGAAUAUGUGUGAUAUAACGGACAGAAAUUUCUAAACAUUUUCAGGUACUGAGGAAAAAAAAGUGAACACCUUGAAUCGGACAUGUAAAACUCAUUAAAGGGGCAGUUGUUGAAUUUCAUCAUUCAAGUGGUUUAAAUAUGUAAGUGUAUAAAAAAUGAAUUCAAAAAUCAUUUUUAAACAAUCAUAAAGAUCUUAGUAGAUGAAGUUAUAUGUGACAUGAUUUUUUACAAACCAGUCUUAUGUAUUUUAAAAUCUAACACUACAUGCAUUUUUUUUUUUUUAGUUUGAGUUAUUCCCUCCAUUCUUGGUUGGAAAUUAGACAUUUUCCAUUUCAAGUCUCAUUUCCUCUAGAUAGCCUGAGUGUACAUCAUAAACUCUGUGUACUAAAGAAUUCCAAAAAAAAAAAACUUAAAAAAAUGAUAUUUUAUAUAAAUGACAACAGCCCUUAGAUUUUCAUAUUUUUUUUUUGUCUUUUUUUCCAACUUUUGGUACUUUGUUCUUUUCCCAGUAAAUGGAAAUGUAAUGAAGUUAAUGUCCCUGGUCCGUACACACACUAGAAAUACUGUACUGUAGAUUGAGAUUUGGUUAAAAAACAUCGGACUAUUCCUUUAAUCAAAUAUUCUGUAUAGACAGAUCUGCAAUUUCAGGUUUCACAUAUGACAGAAUAUAUUAGUUGCACUCACUGUGUUUAUGAUCAUUUUAAGUUUUAAUAUAAUUCAGGUCAUUUGAACAUCUGAACUACACAGUAUUCACGAAGUUUCCACAACGUUUUUUGCGGUGUCUGAUUACAUCCUACCCAGGAUGAACCCUUCUGUUGUCUGUUCUUUCACACCUGUUUGUCAUAAGCUAAAUGUCAGGCUUUAUCCCGUUCUCCAGGCGCUGCUCUUUCUCUUUGCCCUCUGAGCAGGUGUGGUGUUUUUCCACCCAGAAUGACGUCCUCUGUGUCUCUUUUAGUGUACUGAGAACUAAUGUUGCUUGAUUUAUUUCAAGUAAACAAAUGUACACGUUAUUUAUGCAGUUACAUAGAAAGGUAGUCAUCACUUUCCAGAUGCUCCUCACUGCAGAACGACAAAUCCAGUGUGUACAAUCAAAUUUUAAACAUCAUCUAUCUUUAAUUAUAAAAAGAAGAAAUUGGUAAAAUUAGCACAUUUUUGGAGACUGGUUUAGUUGAUCAUCUUGGCUGACGAUACUUAAGUUUGCACCAUCAAAAAGAUUCAUUCAUCUUUACUUUUAUCUUUAAAAAGAAUCUUUAAAAAGAAUCUUUACUUCUAUAUGCUGAAUAUGUGCUUCCAUAGACAGGUUUCUGACAGGAAACUUUCACAAACCUUUAAACAUUGUGAUGACAAUACAUUUUCUUGUCAAGGCACUUGAUUGAAACGAAAUGUGCAAAAGAAGGUAUUAUAGUGGCAAGGCCUUUAAAAGAAGGCAGCUUGUAGCCUUUUUUAGUUAAAAAUGCAGACAUUUUAGUGACGGAUAAACGUACGGACCUCAAGAUUUUAAACCAAUAACUUAUUGAUUCAUGUUCUUAGCUAAAUUAGCGAUAGCUGGCUAACAAACCAAGUCCCAAAACUAGCAUUGGAAGUGUUUAGACUUUCUAGAUGAAUAGCUUAUCUAAUGUUAGCCACUAGCCAGAUGCCAUACAGUAAACUAGUUAAGCUAGUUACUUUGUACUGUAUGAAUUAUAGAUUUCAGGAUUUACUUGUUAACUUUAUCCUCUAAUUUGUGUCUAUUAUUAUUAUUGGAGGAAAGUUGUCAUUUGCCAGAUUCCUACUGUCACUUUAACAAAACAUUGCUAGAUAAUACUAGAUACUAGACAGGCAGUAUCUCUGAUGCAUACUUACAGUAAGAGAUACGACUAGAAUGAAUAAUCAGUAUCGUUGUUCACUGAUUGAGACAUAAGCCCUAUAUGGAUUGUACUAGUUUUAUAUGCAAAGGUGGAGUAAUUUACUGGAGUAUCUCUGGGAUUUUUAGCUCCGUCCUAAACUGUCGUGUCAGUGAUUCAUUAUAGAUUGCAUGUGCAUGUGUAUGGAAUGAUUACUUUCAUUUUACAUUGUACAAUAUGACCAGUAAAAAAUAUUCCAAGGUUAUAUACAAUAUAUCCCUCCUUGGCCGAUUACAUGAUAUAUCUCCAUAAAAUAUGUAUGAUGUUUCUAAUGCGAUGUUUCUGGAUUUUAUUUAACACACUUCAGAGAGUUCAGAGAACAGAUAUAACCAACAUACAGUACAUAUUAAGGGCAUGCCACUUACUAAUGAUCCAACUGUCUCCAAACUCUGUAGCAAUUUUGUAGUGUUAAAAUGUACUGUAUGAUCUCAUCAAGUCAGCACUUAGAGUUGGCUUGGCUUGCCUUGGCUCUCCACUCACUGGACCUCUGCAGCGAUGACCAUCUUACACUUUCUAGUAGACAGUGGAGCUAAAGGAACACAUAAUACACCUCUUUUGGUAUGUUGUAAUCAUUUCUUUGUUGUAACUGCCCAAAAUGUAAAUGUGGUUGUCAAGAUAUUCUUCAUUUGGUCAUCACAAAGUUGGCAAAUCAGCUCACUAGGACUGUUCUUGUUUUGUGAAGUGUCACAGACAUAAUUUUUGGCAAAUUGCUUUCAUGCAUAUUUUGACAACUGCUAUUUAUAUUUGGACUGUUGGAUUAUCAUAUUUCUCACUAAUAUAAAAAAAAAACUUUUAAAACUAGGGGGUGCAUGUUAUGAAUUUGGGAACCCCGUAUCUAGCUCUUUCUUAAAUUGUGUUGGUGUAUGUGUGUUGGCGGACAUGCGCUUGUGUGUUCUCAAAUAUAAUUUAACGUUAAAAACGUUUCCUGCUCUCAGGCUUCAGUUUCAGUCAGCCAGGGGGUUUUAGGUUGUACAAGCAAUAUUUAAUGGACUGUUGUUUUAUUUUGCUGUUUGGAAAAGGGAAGAGCACUUCUGUUUCUCCUUUCUGAGUGAGAGU